UCUCCCUGUCCAGCCUCGUCUCUCCGAGGCUCGGACGGAUAACGACGGCACCUCACCGCCGCUAGUCUGGAUGCAAACACGCAGGAGGUGUGUGUAAUCUAGAGGGGGCACUACUUGGAGAUCUGCUGAGAGGAUACAACAAGAACAUCAGACCCAUGGAGCACAAUGGUGACAUCACAGAGGUCAAGCUGAAGAUGACCCUCACCAACCUCAUCUCUUUGAAUGAGAAGGAGGAGACCCUGACCACGUGUGUGUGGGUGGAGAUGCAGUGGUAUGACUACAGGCUCAGGUGGGCUAACAGGUCUGGUUUUGAGGUAUAUGAAAACAUCACACGCACACGCAUUCCCUCCAAAACCAUCUGGCUGCCUGAUAUCAUACUGGAGAACAAUGUAGACGGGCAUUUUGAGGUCACCCUCUACACAAACGCUCUGAUUGAUCCAAAGGGCAUGGUCUACUGGCUCCCUCCUGCUAUCUACCGCAGCUCCUGUCCAAUCAAAAUCAACUACUUCCCCUUCGACUGGCAGAACUGCACCAUGGUGUUCAGGUCUCAGAUGUACAGUGCUAAUGAGAUCGAGCUGAAGCUGACGAACUCGGAGGACACAGUAGUGGAGUGGAUCGAGAUCGACCCUGAGGCCUUCACAGAAAAUGGUGAGUGGGUUAUUAAGCACCGCCCAGCUAAGAGAGUGGUGAAUGAGAGGUACAGCCGCGACGAGCUGGGCUACCAGGAGAUCGUCUUCUUUUUGGUCAUCCAGAGGAAGCCGCUCUUCUACGUCAUCAACAUCAUCGCACCCUGCGUCCUCUUCUCCUCACUCGGCCUGCUCGUCUACUUCCUGCCUGCCAAAGCUGGAGGUCAGAAGUGCACCAUGUCCAUUAUCAUCCUUCUGGCCCAGACAGUCUUCCUCUUCCUCAUUGCCAAGAAAGUUCCAGAAACCUCCCUAGCUGUUCCCCUGAUCGGGAAGUACCUGAUGUUUGUGAUGUCUGUGACAGCCAUAACAGUCAUGAACUGUGUGGUGGUUUUGAACAUCUCUAAGAGAACUCCCAAUACACAUGCCAUGUCCAAUAAAGUCAGAAAGGUGAUGUUAAAUGUUCUUCCUCGUCUGCUGAGGAUGAGGAUGCAGCGUUGGAGUCCACAGGGGGAGCAGGUGGAGGGAUCUGCUUUCCCCCGGAGAAGAUGCAGCUCGCUGGGACUGAUUGCCAAAGCAGAUGAAUACAUGCUGAAGACUGCACGGUCAGAGCUUAUGUUCACCAGGCUGAGAGAGAGAGACGGACUGAUGAGGAAGACUCUGGAGAAGAUCCAGAACGGUCUGGCGGGGACCACAGCGGAGGAUGUGAGUGUGAGUCUGGCCUUGGCCUCAGCUGAGGUGCAGCAGUGUGUCACGUCCUGCAAACAAAUCGCUGAGAGCAUCAAACAGCAGAACCACUUCCAGAGAGAGAACGAGGAGUGGUUCUUGGUUGCCAGGGUGAUCGACAGGCUAUGCUUCAUUUCCAUGGCAGUUCUGUUUACCCUCGGGACCAUCGGAAUAUUCCUGAUGGGACAUUUCAACCAGGCUCCGUCUCACCCCUUCCCUGGGGACCCCAAGAAAUACCUGCCCGAAACGUCCCCUCUAAACACCACAGGAUAACCCUGCUAGCACAGGCUAACCUCUUUGUUAACAUUAGCUAACCUAACACAGGCUAACUUUAUUAACACAGGCUAACCCCGUUUAACACAGGCUAAAGUCAUUUAACACAGACUAACGUCAUUUAACACAGGCUAAUCUCGCUAAUAAAUCUUAAACUUGGCAACACAUUUUAUCCAUGAUAAUACAGGUUUAAUCUCACUAACGCAGACUAAUCUCGGUUUAUCUAUUAUAACAGAAGUUUAAUCUCACUAACGAAGGCUAAUCUCAAUUUGGUGUCGCUCAGCCACAACUUGGUCAAACCAGUCAACGAGAGAGCAGUGCUGAGUUUAUCUCCAGACAGGCUGUCAUGGGAGACAUCGUGCUUUACUGGACUGUUACUGGACUACAAUAUCCACAAUGCUUUGUUUGGCAUGGGAGGAGUUACGCUUCACAGAAUUUGCACAUUAUUCCAUACUGGGUAAUUGUUGAGAUUUCUUGAGUAAAUUGAGGCGAUUUGUGUUUUGGAUGAGUUGUUGUUUUUUUUUUGAAAAUAUGAUUUAUAACAGAUCUUUACACAAUAAUGAAUCACAAUGAAUCAAUCUGUGUAUGUCUGUCUCUUUCAUGAUGCAGGUGCUGUGUGUGUUUGCAAACCUUUUUUGAUAAAAUGAACAGAG